AUGAGGGCAUCGGCUGAAGUUCCAAGCACCCCCGAGCCGACCAAGCUGGCUCUGGAAUCUCCUGGUGUCGACUAUGAAGCAGUGAAGACGCCGGUUGACAUUGAAGGGGGCGCGCUCGAGCCUGGAGGCGCGCCGUCAGUCUUCUCGUGGCAACACGUUGGUCUGCUCGCCCACAUUGCGUCCGUCGGCGUCGUAUACGGCACGCUAUCUGGAGUCAUCUACGCCGUCUUAAAUAACUACCUUUACAUGUCGGCCGUGCUUACAGCAACCGCGCAAGCUCUGGUGAGACUGCCACGAGCUCUGCGCUUGUUCACCGCCGUCUUCUCCGACUGCUACCCCAUCUUCGGCUAUCGACGUCGGCCGUACCUGAUCAUGGGUUGGGUGCUCACGUUCGUGUGCUGCUUCUUGAUGGCAGUGCUGCCUCUGGGCGACCCGUACUACGGCGAUCCAGCGCUAGCCGACAUUGACGAAGACGAGCUCACGCCCGAGCAGCAAGCGCUGAUCAACUACGACGCAUCUGACAAGGGCAUCAAGCUCAUCAUCUUCUUCGUGUUCGCCAACCUAGGCACGGUCAUCUCGUUCGGCGCCUCGGACGGCUACAUGGUGGAGUUGGCACGCCGCGAACCGGAGGCCAUUCGAGGCACAACGCAGGCACACGUGUCUGCUACGCGCCAGGUCUUCAUGGUGCUGGCGGCGUUCAUGACGGGGCUCGGACUCAACGGGACGGACUACGGCGGCGACUUCUCCUGGACCAUGGGCUUCAACGCCAUCAUGGGCGUCUGCGCUGCCUUCUCGUUCGUGACGAUCCCGCUCUGCUGGUUCUGCGUGACGGAGGAGAAGGUGCCGCGCAAGUCCAUGAGGAAGUUUUGGGCGUACCUGUACGACCUGGUGCAGCACCGCGUCAUGUUCCAGGUGAUCGCGUUCCGGUUCUUCCGCCAGAUCCUGUCACUCUUCUCGGUGACUGCAUCCAGUCCCAUUCAGAGCACGUGGGCCAAAGUGACGCCGUUGAACGAGGGCAUCUCCGAGAUGCUCUCGUGUCUCGUGACGUUCGUGUCGCUGUGGAUCUGGUUCUGGUUGGGUGUGCCGCUGCUGGAGGAGUUUCCUAACAGUAUCGGCGACUUCAUCGCCACUCUGUUCGUGGUGGAGGUCUGUGAUAAGGGCAGCGAGGCCACCGUUAUGGGCUUGAUGAUCACCAUCUCGGCUCUAGGCACGCCGUUUGCGACGGUCCUCUACAAGACGGUGGACAGCUACUUCGAGAUCGAGCGCAAGUUCAUCGUCAAGGACGACCACCACGUGCGCUCGCAGGUCAUGUACGCGUACCUCAUCGCCUACGCGUGCAACCUCAUCUCCGUCAUUUUUGUGGUCUGGCUGCCUCGACAGAAGUCGGAGGUGCACGCGCUCAAGGCUCAGGGCGGCAAGAGCAAGCUGUUCGGCACGCUGACGGUGUGCUACCUCGUCUUCGCCUUCUUCUGGAUCAUCAUGACCAACGUGCUGAGUCUGUUCGACUCGACCUCGUGCAUGCGCAUCGCUGGAGGAUCUGGCUGCUGA